AACUUUUCUACUCAUAGACAACAAGUCAUGAAAAUAUUUGUCUACUUUUGUGCGGCAAUAGGCCUGACCUAUGCCGCGGAGUACAGGCUUCACAACAACUGCCCGUUCACCGUAUGGCCCGGUAUUCUGGGUAACCCGGGUAAGGGUAACCCCGAGGGGGGAGGGUUCCAGUUGGGCAGUAAGCAGACCCACUCGUAUCAGGUGAACAACGACUGGGCCGGUAGGGUGUGGGGCCGUACUAACUGCAACCAGCAGGGUCACUGCGAGACUGGCGAUUGUGGUAACAAGAUUCAAUGCCAAGGCGCCGGUGGUGUUCCCCCGGUCUCCCUGGCCGAGUUCACUCUGAAGGGGGCCGGUGGUCAAGAUUUCUACGAUGUGAGCCUGGUCGAUGGCUACAAUCUACCCAUCAGGAUUAAACCCAUAGAUGGCACCUACCGUAAAACUGGUGGUGGCAAAUACGACUGUAAUGUUGCUGGCUGUAACUCGGACUUAAACGCCAGGUGCCCGGAUGAGUUAAAGGUUAAAAAUGGUGGUGGUGCUACAAUUGCCUGUAUGAGCGCCUGUAUGAAAUUUAACACGGACGAAUAUUGUUGUCGAGGUGCCCAUGGUACUCCCGAUAAAUGUAAAAGCAAGGACUGGCCCAAAAAUUACCCUGCUAUUUUUAAGGGUGCCUGCCCCGAUGCUUAUAGCUACGCCUACGAUGAUACAUCUAGUACGUUUACUUGUAUGGGUAGCCCCAACACUGGCUAUGAAAUCACUUUCUGCCCCUAAAUAUACCUUGUUUGAUUAUGUUGUAUAAUACUAAUAAAGUUAAAUAAAAUUGCUAUUUGACUAC